AUGGCAAGCGCCUCCGCACCGGGAGCGGCAGCUCCUGCCAGUACGGCACCAGUAGCAGCAGCAGCAUCCAAAAAGAAGAUUGCCAUCAUGACUUCGGGCGGCGACUCGCCGGGCAUGAACGGCGUCGUGCGGGCCUGUGUCCGCAUGGCCAUCCACCUGGACUGCGACGCCUUCUGCGUCUACGAGGGAUACGACGGUCUCGUCCGCGGCGGCGACUACAUCCGCAAGAUGGAAUGGGACGAUGUGCGUGGUUGGCUGUCUGAAGGCGGCACUCUGAUUGGCACCGCCCGUUGCAUGGCCUUUUACGAGCGACCCGGCCGUCUGGUGGCCGCCAAGAACAUGAUCAUCAACGGCAUCGACGCGCUCAUCAUCUGUGGCGGCGACGGCUCGCUCACCGGCGCUGACAAGUUCCGUGCCGAGUGGCCUUCACUGCUCAGUGAGCUCGUUCAGACUGGCGAGCUGACGGCCGCUCAGACCGCCCCCUACCAACACCUCAACAUCGUCGGCCUUGUCGGCUCUAUCGACAACGACCUGUCCGGUACCGACGCCACCAUUGGCUGCUACUCGGCCCUCACCCGCAUCUGCGAGAUGGUCGACUACAUCGAGGCUACUGCCUCGUCACACUCACGCGCCUUUGUCAUCGAGGUCAUGGGCCGCCACUGCGGCUGGCUCGCUCUCAUGGCCGGCGUCGCCACCGGCGCCGACUUCAUCUUUAUCCCGGAGAAGCCGCGUGAGGACAACUGGCGUGAAGAGAUGUGCGCCAUUGUACACAAGAACCGCCAACUGGGCAAGAGAAAAACCAUUGUCAUCAUUGCCGAGGGCGCCCUCGACCGCGAGGGCAACAAGAUCUCGUCCGAGAUGAUCCGCGCACUGUUGGCCGACAAGGACGGCCUGGCCCUCGACACCCGUAUCACCACCCUGGGCCACGUCCAGCGCGGCGGCACGGCUGUCGCAUACGACCGCAUGCUCGCCACGCUGCAGGGCGUCGAGGCCGUUCGCGCCGUGCUCGAGGCCACGCCUGAGUCUGAGACGUGUUUCAUCGCCAUCACGGAAAACAAGAUUGUGCGCAAGCCACUCAUGGCUGCCGUCCAGAACACAAAGUCCGUCGUUGCUGCCAUCGAGGCCCACGACUUUGAUCGCGCCAUGGCUCUGCGGGACACUGAGUUCUCCGACCAGUACAAGUCCUACAUCAUGACGACCGCCGUGCAGCUGGACCAGCACAUGCGGCUGCCCGAGAAAGAGAGAAUGCGGAUCGGUUUCAUCAACGUGGGAGCUCCUGCCGGCGGCAUGAACGCGGCCAUACGAGCGGGUGUGGCCUACUGCAUAUCCCGUGGGCACGAGCCGCUGGCAAUCCACAACGGCUUUGCCGGCUUUGCACGGCAUCACGCCGACUCGCCGCUGCGGUCAGUCCGGCCAUUUGACUGGCUCGAGGUCGAUGGCUGGGCCAGCAAAGGCGGGUCCGAGAUCGGCACCAACCGCGAGCUGCCGAGCGAUUCCGGGAUGGAGACCAUUGCCAACUUGAUCGAAGAGUACCAAUUCGACGGGCUCUUCCUCAUCGGCGGCUUCGAGGCCUUCCACGCCCUGUCACAGCUGCGCACGGCACGCGAACAGUACCCGUCGCUGUGCAUCCCGAUGGUGCUGCUCCCGGCGACUAUCUCGAACAACGUGCCCGGCACGGAGGCCUCGCUGGGAUCGGACACGUGUCUGAACGAGCUGGUCAGCUACUGCGACAAGAUCAAGCAGUCAGCGUCGGCCACGCGGCGGCGCGUGUUCGUGAUCGAGACCCAGGGUGGACGGUGCGGCUACGUUGCCACGCUGGCCGGCCUCAGCAUCGGGGCCAGCGCUGUGUACACGCCAGAGGAGGGCCUCAGCCUAGACAUGCUCGCGACAGACGUGCGGCAUCUUAAGGAGGUGUUUGCCAACGACAAGGGCCAGUCUCGGGCCGGCCGGCUGAUCCUGAUCAACGAGCGGACGAGCAGCGUGUACACCGCCAAGCUGGUGGCCGACAUCAUCCGGGAGGAGGCGCACAACCGCUUCGAGGCGCGGGACAGUAUUCCAGGUCACGUGCAGCAGGGCGGCGUGCCAUCAGCCAUGGACCGGUGCCGGGCGGUGCGGCUGGCGAUCAAGUGUAUCGAGCACCUGGAGGCCUUUGGGCGCAACGCGCACAACCGCGUGAAGAAGGACCCGACGAGCGCAGCCGUGAUCGGUAUCAAGGCCGCCAGCGUCGUCUUCACGUCGGUCGAGGAGCUCGAGAAGACCGAUACGGACUGGCCGAACCGCCGGCCGCUCGAUGCCUUCUGGCUGAACAUGAAGGACGUCGUCGACGUGCUGUCCGGCCGGCCACCAUACCAUCCACCGAAAGAGAUCUUGACCGGGCUGCAGGCCAAGGACGCGAAGCGAGGCAUCAUUUCAUAG